AUGGCGACCUGGGACGGAACGCCGUCGAGAGAGACAUUGGUGAUUGUAGGAUACACGGUUCCGACGGUCCUGUUAGUUGCGAGCACGGUGCUGCGACUAUUUGCUAAAAUGUCGAACGAGGGCCUUCAUUUAGAUGACCACCUAAUCAUCCUGGCAAGUGCCCUCGAAGUAGCAUACUCGGUCACGAUUUUGGCCUGCGGUGUGGGCCAUGGAUUCGGUCGUCACACCGCAACUAUCGACCUCAAAGACCUGGAGAUCUUCCUGAAGGUCAAAGCACCUGAUGAUCCUCCAGACCUCAGCCUCGCUGACAACAGACGCAGGGAGAGUACAUCGCCAGUCACCUUUACAACCUCUUCCUUGCCGCAACCAAACUCGGCAUCCUCGUCCUAUACUACCGCAUUUUCCCUAUCCCCUGGUUCAGCAAGACAGUGA